CAUGACCCUUCAGACAUUGAAGUGAGAAAGCUUAGCUGCUUCUCGCAAUAUCUGACUUGAAUAGGUUGUUAUCUGCCCGCCCUACCUCAAGAAACUUUCAGUGGUUUGUAGAGGAUGUCAAUAGAUGCGAACAUCAGCUGUUUUGAAGGAAUUCAAUCAAGCAAUUGGGAGCAGAAUAUCCCUUAACAUGUGCGCAUGUCCUUUCCUAUUAUAUUCACAAUACCUAUUUGUUGGGUUCCAACUAUUGGAUUUUUUGGAAUUCUAUUGGAAACCAGAGCCCUCCGCAAAGGAACACUUUUGGGAUUUUGAGACAAAAAAGGUGCCUACAGUUCUUUGUUUCCAGUUUUUUUUUUCUCUCUGAGGAACUGUUUGGUUACCAUCACAACGACUACAACGCCACCCACGGAUAACUACCAAACCCGAUGUUCCGAUGUUAGAUCGAACAUCCGUUGCCAUGAUGACGCGCAGUCUGCCGCAGAGACACCCUUGGUUAUGCAAGCGUAACUUGCCAGCCACGAAUUUUGCCCCAUUGCGCAGUGCGACCUAUCCGGUGCUGGAUGUACAUCUUCGUGUUCCAAAUUUUUUCGAAAACAUUUGUUAUUUAGAACCACGAAUUACAUAAAAUCAGUGUAAUAUUACGAUUACGAGUGGUGUAGACGACGAACCUUUCCAGGGCGGAAGCUCGCACCAACCAUGGUGCACCUCGAUCCGCUGCGGCUGUGCCGCAAAAAGCGCAAACUACCGCAGGGAGGCGCCAUCCUCGACCAGGUGAUAUCGCAGUCCGCGUCCGCCUCGAACCAGUGUCUCCUGUACAAGAUGGCCAACUACAAGCGGGGUGGCGAUCUGAUCGACGCGUUCCAGAUCGGCGGCCAGAAGGCGGUGGAGCAGCUGAUACGCGAGCAGUUCGGCGUGUUCAUGUACAACAAGGGCCGGGGCCAGAUCAUCAACCGGGCCGAGUACCUGCGCUGGAAGUACAUGGACAACCAUGAGGUCAUCAUACCGAUCGAGGCUUCCCUGUCGCCGCACGACCCGCUCAGCAAGUGGGACGACCACAAGGCCUGCUGGCAGAUGCAGUACCGGGGCCUGCUGGGCGAAAGUCUGCUGCACGUGCUCAUCAUCUGCGACACGAAGGUGCACACCAAGCUGGCCCGCAUCCUGCUGCGCGUCUUCCCGGAGCAGUCGAUCGACGUGAUGGAGGGCGAGGAGUAUCUUGGCGCGUCCGCCCUCCACCUAGCCAUCGCGUACAGCAACAACGAGCUGGUCGGCGACCUGAUCGAUGCCGGCGCGGACGUGUCCCAGCGGGCGACCGGGCGCUUCUUUCUGCCCCGCGACCAGCAGGGCCUGCGGCCGGCCAAGACGACCGACUACGAGGGGUUGGCGUACCUCGGCGAGUACCCACUGGCCUGGGCGGCCUGCUGCGCGAACGAGUCGGUGUACAACCUGCUGCUCGAGUGCGGCGCCGACCCGAACGCCCAGGACAGCUUCGGCAACAUGAUCCUGCACAUGGUGGUCGUGUGCGACAAGCUGGACAUGUUCGGGUACGCCCUGCGCCAUCCGAAGCUGCCGUGCAAGAACGGCAUCGUGAAUGCGGCUGGUCUGACCCCGCUUACGCUCGCCUGUCGGCUCGGCCGCGACGAGGUGUUCCGCGAGAUGUUGGAGCUUUCUGCGCGCGAAUUCUGGCGGUACAGUAACAUUACCUGUUCGGGCUACCCGCUAAACGCGCUGGAUACGCUCAUGCCGGACGGCAGCACCAACUGGAAUUCGGCCCUGUUCAUCAUCCUGAACGGCACGAAGGAGGAGCAUCUGAACAUGCUGGACGGCGGCAUCGUCGAGCGGCUGCUCGACGAGAAGUGGAAAACCUUCGCCCGGAACCAGUUCAUCAAGCGGCUGCUCAUCCUCGCGAUACACCUGUUCUGUCUGUCCUGCUCGGUCUACCUGCGCCCGGUCCGCGUGUUUGCUGAUGACGAGGGCGAGGAGGGCGGAGACGCGACCGGUGACGAUGGUGCGGACGAUGGUGGACCGACGGCGGUGGACGCGGUCGACGACGACAUCGACCUGACGACCUGGGUGCGGUACGGCUUCGAGGUGGCCACGGUGAUGGGCGUGCUGAGCUACGUCGUACUGCAGCAGGGCGACGAGAUCAAGAAUCAGGGCUUCUUCUCGUUCCUCAAGUCGCUGAGUCAAGCACCGGCGAAGGCGAUCUUUCUGAUAUCCAACAUCCUGAUCCUGGCCUGCAUACCGCUGCGCAUGAUGGGCGACACCGAGACGGAGGAAGCCAUCCUGCUGUUUGCCGUACCGGGCAGCUGGUUUCUGCUAAUGUUCUUUGCUGGUGCGAUCGGACUGACCGGACCGUUCGUGACGAUGAUCUUCUCCAUGAUCACGGGCGACAUGUUCACGUUCGGCAUCAUCUACAUGAUCGUGCUGUUCGGCUUUUCGCAAGCGUUCUACUUCCUCUACAAGGGCCACCCGAACGCGGAGGACAGCCCGUUCGGCAGCUACUUCGGCACGUGGAUGGCGCUGUUCCAGACCACGCUCGGCGACUACGAUUACGCCGAUCUGAACCUCACCACCUACCCGAACCUGGCGAAGACGGUGUUUGUCAUCUUUAUGAUCUUCGUGCCGAUCCUGCUGCUGAACAUGCUGAUCGCGAUGAUGGGCAACACGUACGCGUACGUGAUCGAGCAGGCGGAGAAGGAGGGCAUGAAGCAGUGGGCAAAGAUAGUGGUCAAUCUCGAGCGGGCGGUGACGCAGGACGACGCGAAGCGCUACCUGGAGGAGUACUCGAUCGGGCUCGGACCGUCGGACGAUCCGCGGUACGAGACGCGCGGCGUCAUGGUGAUCAAGAGCAAGAGCAAGACGCGGGCCCGCCAGCGCAAGGGGGCAGUGAGCAACUGGAAGAGCGUGCUGCGCGUCACGCUGAACGAGCUGAAGAAGCGCAGCAUGACCGGGGAGGAGCUGCGGCGCAUCAUGUGGGGCCGCUCGUCCAUCACGUCGCCGGCGAAGAUCGCGAAGAAGAAGCGGCCGGGCGAGGUGGACGAUCUGCUCGGCGAUCCGUUCGCGAUAACGGCCGCGAUCGACGUGAUGUCGUUCACGCAGGACAUCGUGAUGGUCAGCACGGACACGGUCUGCCCGAUCACGAUACCGCCAGCGGCUGCCCCGGGCACGGCGGUCCCGAAGGGCGGUGGCACCAAACCGGUAGUAGUGGCACCGCCGCCAGCAGCAGUGCAGCAACCACCGCCGCAAGCGACGGCGCGGCGCCACUCGACGGCAAGCGCACCGGCCACGAUGGGGCUGAGCGUGGAGGCGGCCCUGCCCGACUACAAGGAUCCGCUGCGCGAGCUCGUCAUCAUCUCCGAGUCGGCCUCGGUCGACGAGAACUACGCGCAGAACGUGAAAACGCUCGCGAUCGACGCGUCCACGCUGGACCACGUGCACGAGAUCGACAUCAGCGCGAUGCCAACGCCCGGGCGGCGCGAUCCACUGGCGCAGCCCACCCCGGCCGGUACUCAGCAGCAGCAGCAGCAGCAGCAACAGCAACAGCAGCAGCAGCAACAGCCCCAGCAACCCCAGCAGCAGCAGCAGAAUCUCGGCCAGCUGACCCUCUUCCAGAACCCGAAGGACGUCGUGGAUCCGGUGCGGGAGCGCGAGUUUCUCAAAACGCUCGAAGCGCUCGAGGACACGGACAGCGAGGCGGGCGAGAAGCCCGUCCUCGGCAAGAUCUCGCUGAUCCGGCGGGCCAAAUCGGCCGUCUCGCGCAGCACGUCGCGCAAGCGCAAAACCGACCAGCACCCGCUGUUUAUGAUCGCCUGGGAGGACAAGGGCGACCAGCAGCGGCACAGCCCAGCGCUGUACGAUGGCGCGACCGGUGCGGCCCCGUCGGUCGGUGCGCCCGGCGAGCUGGGGCAGCCGGAGCAGCCCGAGGACGCCGUCACGGUCGAGGAGCUGCACCGGCGGAUGGAGCAGUUCCACCAGCGGGCGUCCGUGCGCGAACGGGACGCGAACUCGAGCGAGAGCGGCAGCGGCAAGCAGCACGCCGGCCCCAAGGCACGGAAGCCGUCCCACCAUCGGGACGGUGGCGGCUCCCACCAUCACCAUGGGCUCGGGCGGGGCAAGCACAACAAGAUAUCGCCCGACAACUCGAACGAAAGUACGGGCGGGGGCGGCGGUGGCGGCGCCAGUGGCCACGGCCGCAAGCAGGACAAGCGCAUGAAGUCGGCCCCGAUACUGGGCAGCGGCGGUGCGGGCAGUGCCGGUAGCAGUGGCGGCGGGCGGACGGUGGCGCCCGGUGGUGCCCGACCGGACGAUGGACCCGGGUCGCCGCCGGACCCGCUCGAACCGUGGAGCACCAAGAACAUCAUGAACAUCAACAAGCUGCUGGACCAGGACACGACCGAAGAGUAACGCGAUGUUGUGAGCGUUCUAUGCAGGGAGAGAUAAAAAAAGAAAAGGAAUUUUCAUUGUUGAAAUUGUUACAAAAUUGCAUGCAAAAAGGGGUUUCUUGCGCCCACGGUCGAAGGUACCGCUUUUUCGAUUUUUUUUUUUAAUUGUUUUGUGACGUCAGAAUUUCAUGUCUUUUUCAAUUUCAUGUCACAAGUAAAUCUAAAAAGUGUGUCACAGACUUUGGACGUAAGGUAAACAACCUUGUAUCGAUUAUCUUACAUAAUUACCUACGUUUUGCGUCUUUAGCGUGAUUGUUGCGCAGCUGGUGUGUUUCGCGACCUUUCACUUAAACGAAACUUUUUUGUGAAACUUUUUUUUUAAACAAAAAACUGUAAUAGAGUAGAUCUGUGCAUCAUGUGAAACUCAUAAUUUCGUAAUAUUACCUACAAGUGAUGCAAUAAAACUAUUAUAGGCACAUAUUACCAACACGUCACUUUAAAUUGCCCAAUAACAAGCAAUACACGCCUUACCAUAAAAUAAGCCUGCACAGGCUUUGCGGAAUAGAAUAGUAUGGAGAAGGUAGGUAAAGACGGACACUCUGCUUAAAUACAUGAUAAAAGUAAUAAUCGAUCGAAACUGAAAGUAAAACAGCA